CGCCUCUCUGCCACAGCCAACGACGUCGCAGCCGCCCGCCUCACACCCGCACUCGCCCAUCUGUCGAGCAACAAUCAUGCAAGACAGCACGGAAUCCCAUCGAGAUGCGACCGCCAGUGAUGAGUCGACAAGCAUCGGCGACUUCGAGAUGCUUGAUCGUAAUGAUGGAGAAGACCGCGAUGAAACGGAGGUGAUGGAGAGCGGUGUGGGCGCCGAGCACCCGACGUUGGAGAUGGAAUACUCUCCCACCAGUGGCGACUGGACAUUGGUCAACACGGCAUCCGCGACGAGCGACGACGGCACGACGCCGGAACGGAGCGGCAACGGCCUCGGCGUCACACAUCCAGGCUACGAUUGUACCAUGGAGGUAUCGCUCACCAGCGCCAGCUCCGGCCACGCCGUCUUCGACUCGGGCCACCUUGGCCCGUCGGAACUUGACCUGGAUGUCCUCAACUCAUUCGUGCAUGACCCUAGGCACUACCCAGGUGUGGACAACGACGACGACCCCGUGGCCAACUGUGGCAACGGCCACCCUGCCCUGUCCGAAAGGAGUAGGAGCGAGUCCCCAAGCCACAGCGAACCGCGCUCCCGCGCCUCGACCGCCGAGCCGACCAGGGAGCAGACCCAGUUCGGGUACGGGGCCGUGCACGAGUUCAAGAGCGAGUACGCCGUCGACGGCAAAUCCAACAACCCGCGGCGGGACCUGGUGUCGCCGCUGAUAGCCAGGUUCCUCUCCGACCUGGGUGCCGAUGCCGCCGCCGGUGCCGGGCCGUAA